AAAGCUUUCGGAAUGACUGAUUGCAAGAAUACAGAACAAUAUAUUUUGUAUCCUGGAGAAGCUGAAACGUUUAUACAGUCGAUGAAGUUUGUGAAAUAUGAAGAAUAUGGUUUAGAAAGGUGGUUCAAUUAUCACGGAUAUUUAAAUAAGCUAAAUAUGCAGGCAGUCGCUUCAGCUCGUGCUCAAUCAGAUGAAUUUGUCAAAGAAUUUCUUGUUACCCAUCAAAAAAUACCUAUUUUAGUUUAUGAUCUAAUUAUGGUAGAAUUAUGGAAACAAAAAGUCUUUGAAGUCAUAUUCAGCAGGAAAGAGGAACCUAGUACAGCUUUCCCGUUGUACACCAUAAUAUAUCAUGAAUUAGUGUUAGCAAACUUGCUAGAAACUGUAACAUAUCACAGUGAUACGGUCGAAACUUUUGGAGAUUCCGUAACUGACAUGUGUGACUGGUGUUAUCGAUCCUUGUGUCACCUUGUAAUUCGUUCCGCUUCAGAAGAAGAAAAGUCUAAGUAUCUUGAGUUGAAAAAUAAGGUUAGCGAAACCAGUAAUUUAGAAGAUUUGGAUCGUCAGAAUAAGAUUACAGAAUAUGAAAAAUGUUUCAAGGCUAUUACAAUUGUCAGGCAUUUGCUUGAAAACUGCCUGAAUUCAAACGGUUCAUUACCUCUUGGUGUUGGACGUCGUCUAUUGUAUACACAUGACAUUCCUAUUUUGCUUUGUCAGUUACUUGAACAAACACCCUGGAAAAUAAUCGGUUAUGAUAAAAGUGCUAAAAAACGUUGUCAGUUUAACUGGCAAGAAAAUGGAUCCUGGAUUCCAGAUGAUAAAAGUUCAGAUGUUAUUCACAAAACAGAAGCUCAGAUUUGGUUGUGUCUGUUUCAAAUAUUAUUAGCUAAUAACUCGUCUUUACAGUAUGAUUGCUCUGUUGGUCAUAGAAGAACGGCUUUGAUGAAACUACGUCCCUUUCUUACUGAAACAAAACUAGACGUUCUUCCUGUUUUAAUUGAUCUGCGACGAUUUUUAGAACACUUAAGUUUGAAUGACUCUUACAGAGGUGCCGGAGACAAAACUAAUAUGUGCCUGGUUGAACUUGUUCCAGAAAUCCGUGAAGCUCUGGUCAGCAAAUAUAAAAACAAAUGGAAGAAACUAGCAGUACUAUUUACCGAACAAAGUGAAUCGAAUCGUGGAAAAGAAGCAGCGAGAAAAGCUGCAACCAAAUGGACUGAUGCAUUCUCCGAAGAGCAUCUUAGUCAACUGUUCUCUUCUUCAUUAGGAGAUUCAGGUGAUAAGAAUCCUCUCUAUCCAACUCCAAGGUGUCCUAUAUGUGGAGAAGUAGCUUCUAAAAGAUGUUCCAGGUGUCGUCAGGAGUGGUACUGCGGGCGAGAAUGCCAAGUGAAGCACUGGCCACGACACAAAAAUGCUUGUGACUUGUUAACCGAAGCUAUAAUUGCUGGUGAAGAUGCAAAUUAGACAUACAUUUAUAUUGUAACUAAAGUUGGAAUGUAAAUAUUAAUAAAUGCUAACAGUAUGAAUAAAAAAGAGGAAAAUAUAAUUUGAGUAAUAAAUACUGGGGUGGGAUUAUAAGGCUACAAUAACAUAUUAAAAUUUACG